AACAUUUUAGAUCUAAGCAUUCUCUAAGAAAACAAAGUCAAACCCAAAAUCUCAUAAAGAAUAAUGGGAGAAACAGAAGAGAAAGUGAAGAACGAUGGUGAUAAUAAAGAAGAGGAACACAGCAAGGUUGAGAAAACAGAGAAGAAGGAUAAAGAUAAGAAGGAUAAGCACGAGGACGAUAAAGAUGGCGGAGGAGAAGAAGGAGAAGACCAAGAGAAGAAGAGCAAGAAGAAAGAUAAGAAGGCGAAGAAAGAGAAGAACCCUGAAGAUAAGAAAGAUCCUCAGAAGUUGAAGACGAAGCUUCAGAAGAUUGAAGACAAGAUUCAAGCUAUGGUCUUAAAGAAAGAUGAGAUUCUGAAGCUUAUUCAUGAGGCUGAACAAGCUAAGCCUAGUACUGCUGCUGUAGAUGCACCACCACCAAGUAACUAACUGAUUUCAAACACAAAGUAUAAACUACAAUAAGUUAACUAAUAUAUAUACUGUCAAUAACAAAUGCUGAUGAAUGUUAAUAUCAGCAUGUAUACCUUGGCUUGAUAUAGGGUUUUUUUUUUAAUUGUUUUGUUAUAUAUGUUUGAUUACCAAUCAGAGUUUGCUUGUAAAUUUUGUGUAGUAAAUUGUACAAAAACCAUAUGUUUUGGAUAUAAUAUAAUACUUUUCAGCUUAA